AUGGAUGUCCGUGAAAAUUGUCUGGGUCGUGUCAUAGGUUGCGAACUCCGCUGUAUACCACCCAAAUAUUCUAAUGGUUCCUCUCCACAGCUCAAAUCGUGUUGGGGGCUGAAAUGGUGCCCCAAAUUUUAUGCUCGAGGACCAAGCGAAUUCGACGUUGGGGUUUUAACACCGGAUGGAAAAUACAACUCCCUAAAGACUGAUGGUUCCUUGGCUGUGGAGUAUAGAGCUCAGGAUAGCAUUGCGAAUUUGAAACCAUCUCCAAGCUUGCCCAGCACUAUCUAUGAUACUGAUGGUCAGCUAGGAUCAAGGAGACGCGAACCGCCUUCUUCACCAUCCUGGCAUUUCAGUGUGCCCGCAUCUCCUGCUUAUAUUAUGCACGAGAGAACACAAGAUCGACCUGAUUUUAUGCGUUAUCCUGCCCAUUCCUCAACGCCUCUGAUUGCGCCGGGAGGGGCGGAGGGGUCUCGGCUACCCAUACCUAUCCCUGGACCAAGAACUACGGUGUCGUCGAUCCAACCCUUCUCAGAGCCUUAUACAUCAGAGCUCUCGUAUGCUCUACUUCCGGGACAUUCGUCGCACCCAUCGCAGAGCUGUGGUGCUCCAACAGUUGGGAAACCCCUGCAUUUACACUAUUUAAGCCCCAAAGUUACGCCUGCUGUAUCGCAGGAUCCAGCUGCCCUGCCGUAUGGUGUAGCGCCAGAGACUCCAGAGCACCUGGUCUCAGAUCCAGGAGACGCGCAGGAACAAUAUCUCCCCCUGGACAGCACCCAUGCCCAUUCCACACUACAGGUUCACCUCAUGACUCCCACUAUGCAAACUCCGCAAGCAACUCUGUUGGAUUCAUGGAACAACCUAGAUUUCUCUCCUGCAUCGACUCCUCCGAUGUCAUGUUCAACGUCGUUCAGCGCUGACUCUAGUUUGAUUGGAGAGUUCGAACAUCAUCAUGGUCCAGGAGUUGCGACUUCAAUGUCGGAAUUAAUGGGAAUGGACUGGGAAAAUUCGACGCAAUCCAACGACCAGUUGGAAGCAGGGGUGACGGACGAGGAUUGGCAGCUGCAUCGGACUUUCACGCGUUCCUCGCCGAUGCAUCAGUCGAGAGGGCUAUCUCCUAUUGAUAUGAGUGCGGAUGAGCUGCCAGGCACCGAUGAUGGAGAGGAGACAGCGUACAAUCUUUCCGACACCUUCCUCUUCUCCAGCGCCUUUCAUGGUGCUUUCGCUUGCUGA